AUGAAACGGAUUGCAGAUGAUGACACCGUAGCAUCUACGUACGUCCUGAUCUCUACUUCGAACUGCAACUUAUACCGAGACAGCGUAGAUUGGAAGCAACUACGUGACGCCAUCGAAUACAAGGUCGCAAGGAACAUCAAUGUAUACUUAGCAGAUCCACCGGCAGAAAGAGCAGGCGUUGAAGAACGGUCGGCGCUGAAGGGCACUCCAUCGCCACUCCUCAGUGGCAAUCUCAAGCUCCCCCCGUUUCCUCCUCGAAAGGGGGACGAAAAUCGUAGCGAUGUACCCAAGGUACAUAUGACUCAUGAAGAGGCUCACGAAGUCAAAAACAACUUAUAUGAAAGGCUCCAUGAUUUCGAGGAUAAUCCGCCUUUCACCAUACAGCGCAUAUGUGAACUUUGCAUCCGCCCCAAAGACCACUACAAGGCCGUAGGGAAGUAUUUGCGCGCAGUGGAGAGAACGCUCCUAGUAACGUCAACCUGGAAUUCAUUUCCAGUGGAUCAUGGAGAUGCCGGCCCCGUCACCAUCCCUAUUACAUUCGGUGCUACUCUAUCGACUGCGCCAGUAACACCGACAUUCUCUCCUAUACCUUUCCUGCACGAUGAUGCAAGAAGGUCAAGCUCACGGAGUCCACCCCCUUCUCCAUUGACACUCAAUGCAAUCGAUGCCAUCAACUCUGUGGAAGCCAUCGACGAUGUUCAGAACAAAGCCAUCGGCCUUGUCGAUGAACUAGACGACCCAAGCCCUGGGCAUAUGAGUGACCAUCCUACAGCACUCAGUGCAGUGACUACCGUGGUGUCCCAUCCGUUUCUCGAAACACUAGAGACUAGGUUUGUCAAAGCUGAAGGAGAUGAAAAAGAUUUAAACGCGAAGUCGGACACGGAGAUGGAGGAGGUGGACGACAAGGAGAAUAGAAACUGA